AUGAGAGUGCCUCACCGACUUGCCGAACGAAACUCAACGAACGACGUCACCAGCGACACAAUGGGCGGUGGUUCCGACUCGAAAGACCUGUUCGGUGUUCGUGCUGAUGUACUGAUCCCAGGGCGCGGUGAACCCAUUCCCAAUGGCGGCAUCGUCAUCUCAAUCUCGGAAGGCAUUAUCGUCUGGGUUGGCCCCUACGCCGAUCUCCCCUCAAAGUACAGCGAUGUUUCCUUCACCAAGCACUCUGGCGCUAUCAUGCCCGGUCUAUGGGAUGUCCACACGCAUUUCGGAGGAGCCAACGUUGUGAGCGGAUUAAACGAUGCAAUCAAAUCCUUCAUGCCCGGCACUCAGUUCCAGAUCGGUGCCGUGACUGUGGACGACCUUCGUGCCACUCUCAUGGCAGGGUUCACAUCGGUGCGUGAGCUCGGCGGAAUGGCAGGCUACCUCCAGCCCAUGAUCGACAACGGAGCCAUUGUGGGCCCUACUGUGUACUCAGCUCUUUGUGCGCUCAGCAUCACGGGAGGGCAUGGCGACCAGCAUGACUGCCCGUUGGGGUUGGUCCGGGGUGAAAACGAUGGGAGCAACGGGAUCGCUCUCUGUGAUGGCGUGGACGAUUGUAUCAAGAUGGUCCGAUCGGUUGUUAGGAACGGCGCAAAAGUCAUCAAGAUCUGCAGCAGCGGCGGUGUGUUGAGUAUCAACGACCAGCCAGAGGACACGCAAUUCUCGCCCGCAGAGAUUGAGGCAAUUGUGAAUGAAGCAGCGAGGAGUGGUCGGGUGGUGGCUGCUCAUGCGAUUGGCAAGCCUGGCAUCAUCAACGCCCUGCGAGCUGGAGUCAAGAGCAUCGAGCACGGCAUGUACUUGGAUAAGGAGGUUGCGGAUCUUAUGAAGGAGAAAGGGGCCAUCCUGGUCCCUACAAGACACAUCGUUGAGAGUCUCGCCGCUGGGUCGCAAGACCUCCCGCCCGUACUGCUCAAGAAGCUUAAUCGGUUAGUCCAGCUGAGCAGGGACAGCUACAAGCUCGCCGUUGCAGAGGGCGUCCGUGUGGCGCUCGGCACAGACACCUUAAGCAGCGACCGGAAGAAUCCUCUUGCUCAUGGUCGUAACGCUAAGGAACUUCACUGGAUGAAAGUCGCUGGCAUGACGCCGUUGCAGGCUAUCGAGGCUGCUACCGCUACGCCGCCCGAGACUCUCGGUCGGCAGGGUCCCCAGGCAGGGCAACUGAAGGAGGGCUUCGACGCCGAUAUCAUUGCAGUUUCCAAGAACCCUCUUGAUGAUGUCGAUGUCCUCACCGAUCCGACCAAUAUCACUCAUGUGUGGAAAGGAGGCAAGUUGUUUAAGUCCACAUAA